AUCGAGAUAAACGAAACUCGUAUCUUCCGCUUCCAAUAAUCUGGGAGUUCUACGAAAACCCUAAAACACAGGGGAAAUGGCGGGAUGCUCCACUGCAGCCGUCGUUCUAUCCUGCCAUGCGCGGCCGUCAGUAGCCGCCGACUUCUCUAGGCAGGCGGCGUUGACAAGCAUUAGAGGCGUUCCUAUCCGGCGUUUUCCGGCAAAGAACCGGCGGCUUUCCGUGCUUCCGCAGCGGCGGAUUAUUCCGAAGGUCGAAGCAAGGAAGCAAACUUUUUCUUCAUUUGAUGACUUGUUGGAAAAUUCUGAUAAACCCUUACUGGUUGACUUCUACGCAACGUGGUGUGGUCCCUGUCAAUUCAUGGUUCCAAUUCUUGAUCAAGUUGGUGAGAAACUGAAAGAUAAAAUUCGGGUUGUGAAAAUCGACACAGAGAAAUACACCACGUUAGCAAAUCGUUACCAAAUUGAAGCUCUUCCUACAUUUAUUGUCUUCAGGAACGGGAAGCCCUGCGAUCGCUUUGAAGGAGCUUUGCCUGCUGAACAACUUAUCAGCCGGAUUGAGAAUGUGCUGAACGUUCGACAAUAGCUUACAUGGCCUCGAGUUAGAUUUCUGCCAUUAAAACUUAUAAAAGGAAUCAGGUGAUGCUGCAUUUACUUCGAUGGAAUGGUUACAGGUCUGUAUCUAAUUUUAGCAAUAUAAACACAACCUUUUCUGUAUCAGAACUGUUUAACUGUGAAUCACAAAAGUAGACAAUAUUUGUGGAAUCCAAUUCACUUAAUUCAUUUGAGAGGAGCUCUUCUUCAUGUUUUUACUUCAGCAAUAGUACUGUAAUUGUUGCUUUAUUCAAAUUUCACUGAAAAUGGCACUGUAACUAGUUGAUGCAUUGUUUAUUUUCAGAUAAAAUUUCUGAAUUUAA